ACGUCUUACUCUUGAGGACCUGGAGGACAGUUGGGAUCGGGGCAUACCUCGUAUAAACACUCUUUUUCAGAAGGAUCGUCACACCCUAGCCUACGAUAAGGGCUGGCGGGUACGUACGGAAUUUAAGCAGUUCCAAGUUUUGAAACAAAACCCUUUCUGGUGGACGCAUCAACGUCACGAUGGAAAAUUAUGGAAUCUCAACAAUUACAGAACUGACAUGAUUCAGGCUCUGGGAGGUGUUGAGGGCAUCCUGGAACAUACGCUCUUCAAGGGUACAUACUUCCCUACCUGGGAAGGUCUUUUUUGGGAAAAGGCUUCCGGUUUUGAAGAAUCGAUGAAAUACAAGAAAUUGACAAAUGCCCAGCGUUCUGGUUUGAAUCAGAUUCCUAAUCGGCGCUUUACCCUAUGGUGGUCCCCCACAAUUAAUAGGGCAAAUGUCUACGUCGGUUUUCAGGUUCAAUUAGAUCUGACAGGAAUUUUCAUGCAUGGGAAAAUCCCAACCCUCAAGAUAUCUCUUAUACAAAUAUUCCGUGCUCAUUUGUGGCAAAAAAUUCAUGAAUCCGUGGUCAUGGACAUUUGCCAGGUUUUCGAUCAAGAGUUGGAUGCUCUCGAAAUUGACACAGUGCAGAAGGAAACUAUUCAUCCUAGAAAAUCGUACAAAAUGAAUUCGAGCUGUGCCGAUAUACUACUUUUUGCAGCAUACAAAUGGCCAGUUUCAAGACCAAGCUUACUGGCUGACUCUAAAGACAUGAUGGACGGCACGACAACACAGAAAUUUUGGAUAGAUAUUCAGUUGCGCUGGGGUGACUAUGAUUCACAUGAUAUUGAACGAUAUGCCCGGGCAAAAUUCCUUGAUUACACAACAGACAACAUGUCCAUAUAUCCUUCGCCUACUGGUGUAAUGAUUGCAAUCGAUCUUGCCUAUAAUUUGCACAGGUAUUAA